CUAAUAAAGAUCUUACCUUAUCUAAAAAGCAACUAAAUAUGAAAAUAAUCAAAAAUUCUCCUACACUAUUUAAUUAAACUUUUCCUUAGGAUUCUUAAAUAAAACAGCUGAAGGAGCCAAUUAGUUGAUUUUUAGUGGGCAUUGUUAUGGACUCAGUGAAAGUCCCUUUAAGAUAGAGAGUGUGUGUGUAUGUGUGUGUGGGGCGUGCUUACGUCAAUAGAAGAUAAAGGACGUAAUGACGUUGUUGAAGAAGUCAGAAGAAGAAGAAGAGAGAGAGAGAAGGGAGAGAGACACCAGCCUGCUUGUUUUCUCUAUCGAUGGAUGAGAAACAAUAACUGUGUUUGCCACUGAAAUCCAUGUAUGGAAGUUGGAAGUAAUCCGGUGGAGUUCACUUUGUUGCUGACCUGUAGAAGGAAACAGGUAUUUGUGUGUGGACGACCACGGUUCGGAUGCUUUUCGGGGUGAGGAAGUCACUACCGAGUAAACAAUGAAGUGUCUUUUGGGUUCCAUCGUGGAACAUUUGGAUUUCGUAUGUACUCUCUCUAUGUUUUUCUACAUCUACAUCUUAUCUUCAGACAACGGUGGUUGUUGAAGAAGCCCUUGCUCAUGUUUCACCUUAUGGCUUGCGGAACUGAACUUUAAGAACCAUUCCGGAACUGGGAGUUUUGGACUUUGUCACACACACACACGAAGAGUUUAGUUUUGGGGUUAACGUUCGAGGUUUAACAUUCUUGAAUUCUAACAUACUAACAUUUUUACUUUUAUUUUACGUAUUAUCAUAAGUAGUGAUUAAUAAAAUAGUUUUUAACACUGAAUCAUGCUCAGUGUGUUUCUUUUGUUGCUGGUUUGUGACAAAAUUGGGGGGUCGUCCGGGAUAGUUCCCAAGGUUAACGAGUGUCGUCUGGGAUUGUACCCCAGAUUGACGAGAUUUGUUCAGGAUUCAAUCCAAAGAUUUUUGAGGGAGGUCUGAUAAAUUCUUUUUAAUUGGCUUGUGUGUGUGGAAACCAGCAGCAAUGGAUAUUAAGGCAUUUUUGGAGUCACCAACCCAAAAGGGAUUGGAGGUGGCGAAAAAGGAUGAUUUGAUAAAGAUUGCUACAAGGCUAAACCUUACAGAAGUAAAGCAGUCUAUGAGAAAGGCAGAUAUUCAGAGACUGAUAGCUGGCCAUUAUGUGGAAAAGAAAGUGUUUGAGAAGGAAGUGUUAAAACAGUUUCCUGGCAGUGAAAUAGCAAUUUCUGAGGCACAGGUGCAGCUGGCAAAGAUAGAGGCUGAACGAGAGCAAAAUAAAUUAGAAGCUGAACGAGAAGAAAAGAGAUUAGAGGCUGAACAAAAGCUAACUCAGAUGAAGAUAGAGGCUGAUCUAGCAAUGAAGCAGAUGGAAUUGAAGAGGAUGGAGCUGGAUAGUGAGGAGAAGGAGAAACAGAGGCAGCAUGAGUUACAAAUGAAGCGUAGGAGUUCGGAAUCUGAUUCUGAUGAUGGUUUUUCAGCCAGCAGGGAGGUUCGAUUAGUCCCUCCGUUUGAAGAAGAUCAGGUUGAUCAGUAUUUCCAACAUUUUGAAAAGGUUGCUGUGAGUUCAAACUGGCCAAGGAAAGGAUGGGCUCUUAUGGUACAGAGUGUGAUUAAAGGUAAAGCUCAAAAAGCUUAUUCUGCUUUGUCUGUUGAGGAUGCAGCUGAUUAUACCAAGGUAAAACAAGCUAUAUUGAAGGCCUAUGAAUUGGUCCCUGAGGCUUAUAGACAAAAAUUCAGAGACUUGAGGAAAUCUGCAGAUCAGACUUAUAUGGAAUUUGCCAAUGGAAAGAGAAUAUGUUUUGAACGAUGGUACAUGGCUAAAAAUGUAGAUGGGGAUUUUGAUAAAUUGAAAGAAUUGAUACUAGUGGAAGACUUUAAAAGAUGUGUUCCAGCUGAAUUAACAACAUAUUUAAAUGAAAAGGCAGUGGAAACUUUACAAGAAACUGCUAGGUUGGCAGAUGAUUAUGCUUUAACCCAUAAAUCCAAAUGGGGACAACCUAAAACCUUUCAAAAGAGUUACAAAGACAAUCCAGGUAAACCAGAGAUUAAAUUGGGAGGUAAUCAAAAAGGAAAAGAUGAAAAGAAGCCAGGGCUGGAGAAACCUGUUGAGCGUACUUGUUAUUACUGUAGGAAACCUGGCCACGUGAUAUCUAAUUGUGCCCUUUUGAAGAAAAAGAAGGAAGCUGGGCCCAAUGCUUGCUUUCAGGCAAUUAAAAAUCAAAAAGGUUUAGGAGAUGCUGUUAAAGAUCAGUCCUUGCAAGAGGGAAAAGCGGAAAAGUUGGAGGAGGUGAGAAAAGAAUUCCGUUCGUAUGUAUCAGAGGGUUUUGUUUCACUGAAUGAUGAGUCACCCCAGGUGCCAGUGAAAAUUCUUAGAGAUACUGGGGCUAGUCAAUCUCUCUUGCUGGACAGUGUUUUAAAUUUUGGUGAAGAAAGUGACACUGGUGAAGUAAAUCUAGUACGAGGCGUUACAGGUGAGACCAUGUCUGUCCCUUUUCACAGGGUGAUUUUAAAGUCAAAGUUCGUAGAAGGACCAGUCGAGAUAGGGAUAAGACCUAGUUUGCCAGUGGAAGGAGUUUCUUUGUUAUUGGGAAAUGACCUUGCAAAUGGAGAAAGUGAUCCUGUGGUACGGUUAACAACCAAACCAAGGAUUGAUGAGUCUGAGGAUGAUUCAGAUGUUUACCCAUCAUGUGCGGUGACUCGAGCUAGAGCUAAAGAAUUAGCCAAGACAGACAGUCCGGUGCAGUCUGAUGUAGUUCCUUGUGACAGUCCUAAACAGGAAGAAAAUUUUGAUGCCUUAUCUGAGACUUUUCUGUCUUCACUGGAGGAUCAACAUCCUUACAGUGAGCCUGAAUUUAAAGAUUUGUCUUUGUCGAGGAAGGAUUUUAUGGUGGAACAGACAAAGGACCCUGAGUUGAUAGAAUUGAAAGAAAAAGCUCUCUCAUGUGAGGAGAUUGAAAAAGUGCCAACUGGAUACUAUGUCAAAAAUGGAGUGUUAAUGAGGAAAUGGAGACCUCCUCAUGUUCCUGUUACUGAGGAAUGGGAAGUUAUUCAUCAGGUUGUUAUUCCAAAAGUUUAUAGGGAUGAGAUUUUAAACCUGGCCCAUAGUAUGCCUUUGGGUGGUCAUUUUGGUGUGAAUAAAACUGUAGGGAAGAUCUUGAAACAAUUCUAUUGGCCUGGUUUGAGAAAAGAUGUGGUGAUGUUUUGUCGAACCUGCCACACAUGUCAGAUGGUAGGUAAACCAAAUCAAAAACCCCCUGUGGCUCCUUUGAAACCAAUUCCUGCUUUUGGUGAACCCUUUUCGAAGGUGAUUGUAGACUGUGUUGGCCCAUUACCAAAGUCUAAGACUGGAAAUCAGUAUUUGUUAACCAUCAUGUGUGCCACUUCUAGAUUUCCAGAGGCAAUACCCCUUAGAAAUAUUAAGGCCAAGACGGUGUCAAAGGCUCUUGUAAAAUUUUUUACCUUGUUUGGUUUGCCAAAAGAAAUCCAAUCUGAUCAAGGUAGUAAUUUUAUGUCAAAAAUUUUUCAACAAAUAGUCUAUGAGCUGGGAGCAAAGCAGAUUGUAUCAUCUGCAUAUCACCCAGAAUCUCAAGGAGCUCUGGAGAGAUUUCAUUCUACUCUCAAAAAUAUGCUGAAGACUUAUUGCUUUGAAAACACCAAGGAUUGGGACGAAGGUAUCCAUUUACUUUUGUUUGCCGUUAGAGAAUCGAUCCAGGAGUCAAUCGGAUUUAGUCCGUUUGAGCUUGUGUUUGGACAUAGGGUGAGAGGACCUUUGGAGUUGUUAAGAGAGCAAUGGGUUAAUGAGGAAGUUCACUUGAGUCUGUUGGACUAUGUCCAAAAAUUUAAAACUCGGUUGGAGAGAGUCUGCCAGCUAGCGAGAGAGAAUCUGAAAACAAGCCAGAUAAGAAUGAAGACAUAUUUUGAUAGACGUGCUCGGCCUAGGACAUUCGCAGUGGGGCAAAAGGUGUUGGUAUUUUUCCCUAGCCAAAAUAAUCCCUUGCAAGCUCGUUUUUCUGGACCCUAUGUUAUUGAAUCUCGAGUGACUGAUCUAACAUAUAUAAUCAAAACACCAGAUAGACGCAAGAAAACACAACUCUGUCAUGUAAACAUGCUAAAACCUUAUUAUGAGAGGGAUUCAGUUGUGGCCUUGGUGGAUGGUGUAAAGGUUGUUUCUAGAAUGCCUGAUGUUGAUGUUGAGGAAGGCCAAUUUAGACCAAAUAUUGUUCCAUCGAAACUAAAAAACCAAAAUAUCCUGGAGAACCUUGAAACGAAGUUGGACCAUUUACAAGUUUCACAAAAACAACAGAUGAGAGAAUUAAUUUUAAAAUUUAAAAAUCUGUUCCCAGAUGUUCCAAACAGAACAUCGAUAAUUACCCAUGAUGUUGAUGUUGGGGAUGCAAAACCAAUCAAACAACACCCAUAUCGAAUGAAUGUGGAAAAAAGUAAACUUGUUGAUCAGGAAAUAAAAUACAUGUUGGAAAAUGAUAUUAUUAGACAUUCUACUUCAAAUUGGAGUUCGCCCUGUGUUAUUGUACCUAAACCUGAUGGAACUGUUAGAUUUUGCACAGAUUACAGGAAAGUGAAUGCUGUAACAAAGUCAGAUGCUUACCCUAUUCCUAGGGUGGAUGAUUGCAUAGACAGAGUGGGAAAGGCAAAAUUUCUUAGAAAGAUUGACCUAUUAAAAGGGUACUGGUGUGUUCCAUUAACAGAUAGAGGAAGGGAAAUUUCAGCCUUUGUAACCCCUUCUGGAUUGUAUGAAUACAAUGUUUUGCCAUUUGGAAUGAAAAAUGCUCCGGCAACAUUUCAAAGAAUGAUUAAUUCAGUGAUUCAUGGGUUAAAACAUACAGAUGCCUACAUUGACGACUUAGUGACUGGGAAUGAUACUUGGGAAGAUCACAUCUCUGCGUUAGAAAGGUUGUUUGAAAGACUUUCCAAGGCUAACCUUACAGUUAACUUGGCUAAAAGUGAAUUUGGCCAUGCCACUGUGACGUAUCUUGGUUAUGUUGUAGGUCAAGGCAAGCAAGCUCCUGUUCAGGCAAAAGUUCAAGCAAUAUCUGAGUUCCCUAUUCCCACAGGUACGAGGACUGUUAGAAGAUUUUUGGGAAUGGUUGGAUAUUACCGAAAAUUUUGUAAAAAUUUUGCUGAUAUUGCUCUUCCCCUAACUAAUCUUCAGAAGAAGGGAGUAAAGUUUGUUUGGACAGAUUCUUGUCAAGAAGCAUUUGAGAAGCUGAAAGCCAUUUUAUGCUACGAUCCUGUGCUCAGAACACCUGACUUUGAAAAGCCAUUUUCAUUAGCAGUAGAUGCCAGUGAUGAAGCUGCAGGAGCUGUGUUGUUGCAGAAGGGUGACCUUGAUGAUAUUGACCAUCCUGUAGCUUACUUUUCAAAGAAAUUUAAUGAGCAUCAAAAGAAUUAUUCCACCAUAGAGAAAGAAUUACUGUCGCUUGUUUUAGCCUUGCAACAUUUCAGUGUAUAUGUUUGCACCGCUCAGAAACCAUUGACUGUGUAUACAGAUCAUAACCCAUUGGUGUUUCUGAGCCGAGUCAAAAACAAGAACAGAAGGCUGUUAAACUGGAGUUUAAUUUUGCAAGAGUUUGAUCUCAUGAUAACUCACAUUAAAGGCAAAGAUAAUGUGAUUGCUGAUUGUCUUUCCCGAUGUUAAAUGGGAAACAUGUAUCUGUACUAAUCUGAUA